AUGCUUCCCGAACCAACGUUGAGCUUCACGCUCCCCAGUCUUCACGACGACACCGUUCUUGACUGCCGCGUAUACCAUUGCCAGGCAUUGCACCCAGCUGCCCCGAAUUCGCCGACAUGGAAGCGACAUGCUGCUGUCAUAGCCCACCCGUACGCGCCGUUGGGUGGAUGUUACGACGAUCCCAUCGUCGACAUCGUCGCGGGUACUCUACUACGGCAGGGCUUUCUGGUGGGAACAUUCAAUUUUAGAGGUGCAUCGGGAUCGGCCGGCCGUACUUCCUGGACCGCGAAACCAGAGCGGAGCGAUUACAUGUCGUUUGUCGGCUUCAUGGUGUACUACAUGCACUACCUCGAUCCGUUCGGCCCGGGCGCCUUGCGGUCGCCAUCAGCAGCCCGCACUCCGUCGCCACCGGACAUGCGAUCGGGGCCGUCUUCGCCGGAGCAUCCGCUGCUGCUCCUCGGCGGUUACUCGUACGGGGCCAUGGUUACGACACAGAUACCGCCGAUAAAGUACAUACUCGCACAGUUCAAGUCGCCCGCCGUCGGUUCCGCGGCGGCCGACAUACGAUUGCGUGCUCAGCAUUUGGCUGAACAGCAGAAUGUGAUACUGGCUAGUGCUAGAGCCGCCCAGUCAACGUCACCGCGGAAGAAGUAUCUGGGUAUGCGGGUUGGAGGCGAUGAGGACAGCCAGCGCAAGAGCCAUGACUCGAAGAGGUCGUUCUCUUUAGAUGCGGAAGAUAAGAUUCGGCGGGGUGUGAAUGACCUGCUGGCGAAGACGAAGCGCCAUCAUCAUCACCUCCACCGUCACAAGGACGACGUUCUUCCUGAAGAAAAGGAAGAAGAUACGCCAGCACCGGACGCACCUGCUGCUUUAGAGGAGGUCGUUGGCCUCACGCAAAUGCGGACCGCUUACCUCCUGGUGUCACCCUUACAAGGCGUCAUUACGCACCUGGCGACCAUGUCAUUCCUUCCCACUUCAGUAGGACGCGGGCUGUUUGCGCGAGCGCCGUCAAAGUCUCGUGAACAAGGCGCGCCGACAUACACGUCGGAUCACCGGCAGCUGAGCGAGUCGAAGUUGGUGGAAAACCCCACGCUGGCUCUGUUCGGCGAUAAAGACGUCUUCGUACCGGUGGCGAAGCUUCGCAGCUGGGUGGAGAGGUUAGAGCAUGUUGACGGAUCACAUUUUCGCGGCGAAGAGGUUGCCUCGGCCGGGCACUUCUGGGCUGAGGGUAAGGUGGCCCAUGUUCUCCGGGAUAAGGUGGCCGAGUUUGCUGGCGGCCUUGUGCAGCCCGCAGGCGAGAAUGUUAAGACAGGCGAUCUGUAA